CAUUAUGACGUCAUGUAAUUGUGUCGUCACGUAAUUGUCUCGCCAUAAUCGUGGAGACUGGCCGUGUUUUUCAUCAUAGAUGCCAAAUAUCUCUGUCUAAAAUGGGAUGCAAACAGACCAAGGUUAAGCCUUUCAAGCAGACAUCUCCCGAGGAGGCUCUGACGGGCAAGAUCAACUGUCCUCACGAGCUGUACUACGCCAAGUGUCAGGUGACACCGCCAACACCCCGCCUGUCAGAGGCGCAGAUUCUUCAACAGCUACGAGAUGAGGGUUUGGUCCCCGACCGUCAGUCCAGCGGAGGAGUGGCCUUCUCUGUCCCUGUCGUGGAGGAGGUUGUUCCCCGUGGCAAAGCUCCCCGACGUCUGGAGCAAAUCCCAGUGCGAUGCUUCUACACAGCUGAGAGGAGGAGACAGAAGGCUGAUCUGUUCCGACUUGACAGGUUCGUGGAGAAAGUCCAGAGGAAACAACUGGACAGAGAGAUAAAGCAUAAAGCUGUCAAGGACGAGAAGAAACGUCGCCAAUUCAUCAAGAAAAUGAAGGCGGAACAUCAGCUCCAGAUGAGGGAGGAGAAACUGGAGAGGCUGGAGGAAGAGCGGGCGGGGAGGAGGAAGAAGCCAGCAAAGAAGUAGACUGAGUGGAGCGAGUUGAUGAUGGUUGGUAGGAUGUAAACAACAGCGAAUGAUAAAAGAAUAUCAAGAACAUUAACUGAAAAAAAGAACAAAAGGAAAAAGGAACAAAAUAAAAGCAACAGGCCAAGCGAAACAGGAAGCCAGAAGAUGCAACAUAAUGAAUACAGUUCAUACGCUUGCAGUGUUGAUAAUUUGAAAAUCCUUUAGUUUUUGUCUAAUUGUUAGUCUGCAAUGAGCGUAGGGCAAUCAUACAUGAACAUUAGGAAUUAUGUGUACUACUUUCUAUAUGCCAGUUAUGUAUAGUUUAUAUAUAUAUAUACCAGUUAUGUAUA